AUGCUCACCUCCACUGUUAAAUUUGCCAUUCUCUUGUUUGUUACGGCGGCCCUUGCUUCGGUACUGGAGCUGGAUACGUCCAACUUUGAUGAUGUGGUUUUGAACUCUGACAAACAUACGCUAGUGAAGUUUUAUGCCUCAUGGUGCAGUCAUUGUUCCAAGCUUGAACCUGUUUGGGAGGAGCUAGCAACAGCUUACGAGAAAGAGCCAAAUGUACAAAUUGCUCGCAUUGAUGCCGACAAACACCAAAAGGUGGGUAAGCGGUAUGGUAUUAAUGGAUAUCCGACUAUAAAAUUGUUCAAGAAGGAUGACGUUCAGCAUCCCAUUGAGUUUGAGGGCGCGAGGUCUAUCGAGGCCUUCAACAACUUCAUUUCUGCCCACACUGGAGUAAAACCGCGUAGCUCUCCAGCUAGUCCAGUAAUGAAGCUGACAGAUUUGAACAUCGAGGAUGUUGUUGGCGGCAAAGAUGCAUUUAUUGCUGUCACGGCAGAUUGGUGUGGCCAUUGCAAGAAUCUCAAGCCAACCUGGCAAAAACUUGCACAAAUCUACCAAAGCGACUCUGAUAUCGUCGUUAUUGGGCAAGUCCAGGUUACAGAUCCCGAACCAUCUGAUUGGAUCAAGGAAAAGUUCGAGAUUCGCUCGUUUCCGACCUUGCUUUACGUCAAGAAUGGAGACUUGCAAAAUCCAGAAUUCUAUGAAGGUCCAAGAACCCUUUCUGCAUUCACUGAGUUCGUCAACGAACGAGCUGGUACUACAAGGGCCGAGGACGGUGGUCUUCACCCGGACGCUGGCCUGCUUCACUCCUUGGACGACCUGGUGUCCACAUUUGUUGGCUCACCAAAACAUGAGCGCGUGAAGCUAGCCAAUAAAUUGACGGAAGCACUCAACGAUCUUAAAAGCCAAAACAAAUAUGCCAAAGAAAUCAGAUAUUACCUCAAACUAGUCAACAGUCUAGUCAACGGCCCUUACGACUUCAUUCCUCGCGAGAUUGCGAGACUUGAGAAAAUGCUGGGCGAAGAUUUAGCUCCUGAGGCCAGAGACUCAGCACUUCUCAGACUAAACAUAUUGAGAUACUUCAACAGCUGUAUUACACCAAAUACCUAUAAAUAGGAAUCACCAUGUGACGGCAUAUUUGCGUGCAUUUCUCACCAGCUCGGGGAAUACUUUUCCUUUGCCAAUGGUUUCUUGUAGAAUUGGCUUGACAUUAAGAGGAGUACACCGCGCAAACCACACAAAUUCUCCCUCGCGAUUAUAAAUAAGCACAUUGGCAGCAAACUUGUGGCCUCCAACAUGAUUCACAAAGAUCACUGGAACCCCACCGGGUCUGUCAUCUCCUGGAUCUCGAUAUAGCUCCAGCUCACGGAGCUGGGAAUCGAAUUCUUUCUUCAUGAUAGGAGCCGUGAUGCCACACUUCUUAUCUCUUGUACGGUGGGAACAGAGCAUAAUAUAUGACUUACUCUGGUCUUUCUCAAUAGUGCAACCAUUCACUGAUUCUGGAAGUGGUUUUUGACCGACAAAUGUACUAAUUAACUCUGUCAGAACAUCUUCACAAUUUUCUAUGGUAAUCCCCUUGCACCACACGAAAUAUGGCAGGAGCAGCACGUCGCAUUUCUCCUGUUUGCUGUAAGCCUCGAAUUCAUUAGUGUUUAAUGCCAAGGAAGUAGUGUUGAUCUUUGUCGAGAUGUUGAAUUUUUUGGAUAUUACGCCAUUGACAGUCUGAGAUAUUUUGGCCAACACAGUGUUUGGGGCGUCAAACGCAUCGUGGCUCCAAUCGGUUUUCCCUGUGGAUACCAAAACAUGCAAGUCAGGAGCUUUGGCACUCUCCCAAAGUGGCGUAGCGACAGCAGCGGGCGAGAGUUUGAAACAAGAUUCAGAGUAACGGGUGUGACACUCGGAAGCAUCGCAUGUUGCAGGUUCGUUUGACACCGGCACAACCUUGGAGACGGCCUCGACUGUUGCAUCAGAGCCAUUGAAAAACUUCUUGAGUACAAACAUUAUGUCGAUCUCUUCAUUAUCCUACUCGCCCUGUAUAUUUAUGAGAAAAAAAAUCCUUAUCGUUCUGAUCUCCGGCUUUUUCAAUUAUGGAAAACACCGAAAUCCAGAAAAAGCCACACAGAAAUAAUACGGGCUCAAUCUUCACAGUCCGCAGAAGAAAGGAUGUCGUACUCAUCCAUUAGUGAAUUGUCGUCUGCUGAAUGACAUGUGUCAGAAAGAUCUCCGUCCACCAUAACAAAUUCCGGUUCCGACUCUUUUAAAUUGCUGCAAGUUUCUUCCAGAUGUUUUCUAGGCGCGGAUUUCGGGUCAGAGACGUCAACAAGCAAAGACAGCGCAUUGCUCGAAUUGAAAUCUAAGCUUCCCUUUGCCGCCAGUGUCUGAUCCUCCCAAACUUCUAGGGUGAACCCUAAAGUGCCAUUUAUGGUCGAACCGGUGCUGGAAAACAAAUCACCCCAGUCUGCAGUAUCGAGCAUCAAAUACCGAGUACUCCCAUUCUUGAACACAUUUGGCGUAAUCAUGAAUGUCUUCGUGACCUCUCCAAUAACUGUUUUGAGAUCGGGUUUCAAGAUAUCGCGCGCAAGCCGAUUGGUAAAUGCCAGCUGAAGUAUCCUCGAAUUCUGCUUCGUGCAAGAAACCUCGAUGCCUUUAGCACCUGCGUUGUAGUUUUUCAUCAUAUUGUGAUCUUCAAUCAGUUGGACAAGCAAGGGAACCUUUUCGUCCUCAGGAGCAUCCACCAUCUCCAAAAGAGAGUCGAACUGAGCACACUUGAAAGCCAACUCUUUUAACUUCUCGCCAUUAUUUGCCCCCAAAUUUAGUAAAUCGUUUGAAACGUUAUUGUCGUAAACAUGAGCUGAUUCAACAGAUAGCAAUGGAGACAUGGUGUUCAUGUCCAUCCCAGAUAAAGUCUGAUCAAUCGGAUUGGAACUUGAUUCGCUAGCAAGGUCUAUCCUUAGCAGUUGAUGCUGAAUCGUGUGGUCGUUGAUCUCCACUUUUUUAGCCUUGCAAUUCAAACAUAGAUCAAAAUCUGCACAUUGUGUACAUUUGUACCGGGUGUCAGUAAUGUGAGCAUCGCAUCCGUCACAGAAGACCUUUCUAUAGGUAGACUUGAAUUCAGAACUCUUGGAUGUUUCAUUCAUUUUCAAAAUGAUUCUCGAUAAAUUGGUGUCCACCAAGCUUCCCAGGAACUUGAGAAUGUCCAGGUUACUCAGAUUGUUUGAGAUUGAGUUGCUCAGGUUUCUGAGAUUUGUGUUGUCGUGACUGCUAAAUAAGUCCUCAAUACGUUUCAGGAUCUUCUGAACCUCGGCCGUGUAGUCAAUACCUUCUUUUUCCUCUUCAGAGGCGGACUUGAUGAAGACGUUUAACUUCAAGUGACUCUUUACAGUUAAACUCCUUUUCAAGCUGGAAAAAUCAUCAACGGAAGCAAGUUCCACAUAGCGGCCUGAUUUCUUACUCUUCCUUUGCAACUGGAUGUUCUCUGUCGAAGAAGAGGCUAAUGUGCUCUUUAGUUGAGGUGCUGAUGCGUGAGAGUAAAUUUCCCGUAAAAUCUGUUCCUUGGACAGCAAUUUAUUUCUGUCAGUAGUAAAAACCAGUUUCCGUGUGAUACCAUCACCGAUAAUUGUCGCCUUGACGGCAAUGUUGAUACCGGAAAAAUGCCCGUUAUUCAUAUCGUAACCCAUUCAGCACCAAUCCCAAGUUCCUUUGCAAACCAAGUCCGUCAAACCGAGCCGUAAUUAUCACGUCAACCCAAAAGCGUAAAGUAAAAACUUG